ACAUCUCCUUGUGUUGCAAACACGUAGAUCCCCUGAAAGCCCUCAACCGUGAAGCAUAUCAAGAGGGGGAAACAGCAGACAGAACAGGAGGCAUGAGGAGGAACACUCUCCUUGCCCUGGCGUCCUGGCUCAUGCUGCUUCUGCUUGCGCUCUUCAUCACAACCGCCACUGCUUCACUGCCGUGCCAGUGCUGCUGGAUCGUGCAGCAUCCGACGAGGACCUGCGGCCACGCCUGCUGCGGCAACAACUGCUGCCCGCCCGCUCCACCGCCAUCCGCAGGCUGAAAAAAAUGAUGCACAGGCUUGUUCAUCUGUAAUACAGAAGCAAAAAAUAAAAAUAAAAAUAUUCCAGAGGGAAUGGUGUUGUACUUAUACUUACCUGCUCUUCUGUGAGCAUGUAAUAGUCUCUAUUAGUUUCCAGAAAUAAACAUCUCUUGGCUCCUACAGAAUUACUGCUUCA